AUGGGAGAUAAAGCGGAAGAUCUGAAGAUAGAAUCGCUGACUCUUGAUGAUACUACAGAUAAAACACCCGAGGUCAGCGGACGCCCAGCUGCCCAGGUGAGCACGGAGACAUCUGAAGGCGAAGAAACAGCUGACUCCGGACUUCGGGCCCCGCCAAGAGAUGAAGACUAUGUAGAAGAUAUUCCAUUCGGAUUGAAGACCGAGUUUGUUUACAACGUCGUUGGGAAAAAAUACAAGAAUGCACUCAAGCUAGCUAACAUUAUGCUCAAAUUUGAUCCAGGCAACAAAAUUGCCAAAGAAUAUUUGCCAGUUUUGGAACAAGCCAUUGAACUUGGAGAGGCUGUCGAUGACGAAGAAUCCAGCUCUUCUGAAGAAGAAUCGUCGUCGGAAGAAUCGUCCUCGGAAGAAGAAAGCGACGAAGAAGACCCAGAUGUUCCAGGGACGUCAAAAGCCACAAUCAAACCUCCACGAGUUCGAAAUUGCAGAAUUCACAAUGAUCGUGGAUAUCUCGACGGAAAAUCCAAACCCUAA